AUGGCGACCAAGGAGACAAUGGGAGGGAACGAGCCCAUCGCAGUGAUUGGCACAGCAUGUCGAUUUCCAGGAGAGUCGACCAACCCCUCCAAGUUAUGGGAGCUGCUUCGGGAUCCUCGCGAUGUUCAGAGCAAGAUUCCAGAGAAUCGAUUCAAUCCCGAUGGCUUCUAUCACCCCAACGGCACUCAUCAUGGAACCAGUAAUGUCCGGCAUGCAUAUGUGUUGUCGGAGGAUGUUCGACAAUUCGAUGCACCUUUCUUUGGCAUCAAAGCCUCGGAAGCGCAUUCCAUUGACCCGCAACAGCGACUUCUCCUGGAGACGGUGUAUGAGAGUAUCGACGCGGCGGGGCUCUCGAUGGAAGAGCUCAAAGGCUCGCCAACCGGCGUGUACGUGGGUCUGAUGUGCGCUGACUAUGCUGACUUGCUGGGACGUGAUACUUCCUAUUUCCCCACGUAUUUUGCUACCGGCACGGCGCGCAGCAUCAUCUCGAAUCGCAUCUCGUACUUCUUCGACUGGCGAGGGCCGUCGAUGACCAUUGAUACGGCAUGCUCCUCAUCACUGGUCGCCGUGCAUCAGGCCGUGAAGCUUCUUCGUUCCGGCGAGUCGCGGAUGGCCGUGGCUGCCGGCGCGAACUUGUUGCUGGGCCCGGAGCAGUUCAUCGCGGAGAGCAACCUCCAGAUGUUGUCGCCCGAUGGGAGGUCGUUCAUGUGGGACCAACGGGCGAAUGGAUAUGCGCGUGGCGAGGGCAUUGCAUCGGUGGUGCUCAAGACAUUGAGUGCAGCGCUCGAAGAUGGAGAUGAUAUUGAGUGCGUGAUCCGAGAGACGGCUUUGAAUCAGGAUGGACGUACGAAGGGCAUCACCUUGCCAAGCGCCAUUGCCCAAGCCAGUCUCAUUGAGGCAACUUACGCGAAGGCGGGCUUGGACCUUAACGAUCCACGUGAUCGGCCGCAAUGUAUGUACCUAUCCAUAUCCGUACUUGGCACCCACUCCACCCCCCCUAUUUUCUAUCCUUCCUCGCUUAUAUAUGUAUAUAACAUUCAUAUACGAAUACACACACAUAUAUGUGAAUACACAAACAGAUACACGCACACACACAUAUAUACACACACAUCCUAAUGACUAAUCAGACUUCGAGGCUCACGGUACGGGCACCCCCGCCGGCGACCCCAUCGAGGCGGAAGCAAUCAGCACCGCCUUUUGGAAGCACCAUCACCCCCGCGGCAUCCAGGAUCCGGACCCUCUAUUCGUAGGUAGCAUCAAGACCGUCGUAGGCCAUACCGAGGGAACUGCGGGGCUGGCUGGCCUCAUCAAAGCGUCUCUGGCCUUGCAAAAUGCCGUCAUUCCACCAAACCGACUAUUUGACAAGCUCUCGCCUUCCGUAAAACCAUUCUACGGUCAUCUGAAAAUCGCCACGAAAGCAGAACCAUGGCCUGCAGUUGCACCCAAUGCCCCUCGACGCGCGAGUGUCAAUUCGUUCGGGUUUGGAGGUGCAAAUGCACAUUGUAUAUUGGAAAGUUACCAGCAACACCACCACCCUCAGGCUGAUAACGGUAAUGUAUACACGCCAUUUGUGUUUUCGGCCCCUUCAGAACGUGCUCUCGUAGCGAUGGUGAUGUCCUAUUCGACCCUUCUGAAGACCGAGCAGCCAAUCGUCAAUUUGCGCCAUCUCUCAUAUACACUGAGUCAAAGAAGAACUGCAUUCCCUGUAAGGAUGAGCUUCGCGGGAACUGAUUCCUCAAGUCUCUGCUCCAAGCUUGAUAUGUUUGCUGAAGGUUCCGGUGAAAAGCCAAUCGCUCCCUCCACUUCCUCGAAAUCGGCCACUAUGCGUGUCCUCGGCAUCUUUACCGGCCAAGGUGCACAAUGGGCAGAAAUGGGAUCCAAGCUCUUGGUCUCUCCAACAGUCCAGAAGAUUGUUGACAGUCUCGAGCAAAGUCUAUCUGAGCUGCCUCCCUCUUACCGUCCAGACUGGAGCAUCAAAUCGGAGCUACUUGCUGACAAGAAGUCAUCCCGCGUGGGUGAGGCAGCACUGUCCCAGCCCCUUUGCACUGCGGUGCAAAUCAUUCUUGUGGAUCUCAUUCGAACGGCUGGAAUCAAGUUUGCGGCUGUGGUCGGCCAUUCAUCUGGCGAGAUAGGUAAGUCUUAACCUUACCAGGAACGAUACCUUUAACCCAAGAUAUAUGCUGAGCUUUUCUCUCAAUAGCUGCUGCUUAUGCCGCAGGAUAUCUCUCUGCCAGUGACGCUAUCCGUAUUGCCUACCUUCGCGGUGUCAAUUUAUGUCAUGCCCAUGGCGUCAGAGGAGUCCCCGGAGCUAUGGUAGCUGUUGGAACAUCCUAUGAGGACGCUCAAAAAUUCUGUAAUCUGAGAAGAUUUAGAGGAAAGGUUGUUGUGGCUGCUAGUAAUUCACGAAAGAGCGUGACAAUCUCUGGAGAUGCCGAUAUCAUAGAGAAUGCGAGGAAAGCAUUUGAGGACGAGAAAAAGUUUGCCAGAGUGCUCAAGGUUGACAAGGCGUAUCACUCUCAUCACAUGAAAGCCUGCAGUGAUGCCUACAGCAGUUCUCUUCGUGACUGUGGGAUCAAAGCUCAUCGUCCUGUUAAUCCGGAAUGUGUAUGGGUUUCUUCUGUCCAUCAACAAGACAUGAGGGAAUUCAAGGAUGACCUGAGCGAAUCCUACUGGGUGAGCAACCUCGUUUCUCCUGUCAUGUUUUCUCAAGCCGUUGAAUAUGCUCUUGGAGAAACCUCUUUCGAUCUGGCAGUUGAGUUUGGGCCGCACCCAGGUUUGAAGGGUCCUGUGCUUCAAGUUAUAAAUGACACUUUGGGUGAUUCUAUCCCAUACACAGGUCUUCUGAGUCGUGGAAGCAACGACAUCGAAGCAUUUGCCAAUGGCCUCGGCUAUAUUUGGGCUUCUAUCGACAAGCCGGUUGUGAAAUUUUCUGGUGUUGAUAUGCUACUAAACAAUGCAGAACCACCACGGCUGCUCAAAGGGCUCCCUAAUUACUCCUGGGAGCAUGAACGUGCAUAUUGGCACGAAUCUCGUGUCUCCAAGACCUUUCGUGAGCGGCAAUCGCAACCUCAUGAACUUCUAGGUACCAGGUGUGCAAACUCAUCUGACUCGCAGGUUCGAUGGAACAACUAUCUCAUCCCCAGAGAGUUGCCUUGGAUUCCUGGUCAUCGGAUCCAAGGACAGAUGGUAUUCCCUGGCGCAGGUUACAUUGCCACUGCAUUCGAGGCUGCCCUGGAAAUUGCCGGCAGUGAGUCGACGAAAUUGAUCAAAUUAACGGACUUCACAAUUGGCCAACCCAUUGUUUUCGAUACUGAAGACUCGAGUGUUGAGAUCCAUGUCUCACUGACGGACAUACAGCGUCUUGGUACUGUGUUGACUGCUAAGUUUUGUUUUUUCUCAGCUGGGAGCAAGGAGCCUGGGGCCAUGGCGCUCAAUGCAAAAGGCAUCCUUCAAAUCGGGUUUGGGGACAAAGAAUUGCAAAUUCUGCCGUCGAUUCCCGAAAAACAGUACGCCAUGCUUGACAUAGAGACCGAUAGGUUCUAUGACUCUUUCGCUGGAUACGGGUACGGCUACACAGGCCCAUUCAAAGCGCUUUCGUCAUUGGAAAGAAAACGUGGUGUUGCAACUGGUCUAGUAGCAGUUCCUCCGGGAGUUAGACCCGAAAGGAACCUCAUCAUCCACCCCGCAGUAUUGGAUGCUGCUGUCCAAUCGAUCCUUCUUGCAUACUGUUUCCCAGGAGAUGGUCGCCUUCAAGCAAUUCAACUCCCCACUGAUGUCUCCUGCAUUACCAUUAAUCCAGCACUAUGCACAUCGAACGCUGUUCCGGGCCUAUCUCUAAAAUUUGUUUCCACCAUCUCGAAGGAGGAUGGAACCAAGAUUGAUGGUGAUGUCAGUCUGUAUCCAGUGGAUGGCCAGUAUGCAAUGCUCCAACUCGAAGGGAUGCAUACAACACCAAUGACCCCUCCAACAGAAGCCACAGAUGUUCGCAUCUUCUCCACUUUUACCUGGGACUCAGCUUCUCCACGGGCUUGUACUACCGUGGAGGAGACCUUUGCAUUUGGCUUUGUGCUGGAAAGGGUUGCUUGUUUCUACCUUCGCAAUCUUCAGAACCAGGCCACGCCCAGAGAUCGUGAGAAUUGCGAGUUGUAUCACAGACAACUUUUUGCAUACACGGACAUCAUGGUCUACCGUGUGGCUGAUGGUACACACCCCUUCGCCCAAAAACAAUGGAUCAAUGAUACACAUGAAGAGAUACUAUCUAUUAUUGAAAGUUAUCCUGAAAGUAUAGAUCUUCGAAUCAUGCGGGCAGUCGGAGAGAACAUUAUUGCUGUAGUCCGUGGAGAGACGACCAUCCUCGAGUGCAUGAUUCAGGACAACAUGUUGAAUGACUUUUAUGUUCGUGGUCUUGGGAUGCCUGAAUAUUUGUAUAAAUUGACCUCGACUGCAAAACAGAUAGGCUAUCGUCAUCCAGGUAUGAACGUUCUAGAAGUUGGCGCAGGCACCGGUGGUGCGACGAAAUCCAUUUUGAGAGAUCUUCAGGAAGCAUUCGCUUCCUAUACAUAUACUGACAUCUCAAGUGGUUUUUUUGAGAAAGCAAGAGAGGUUUUCAAGGCACGUGAAUCUAAAAUGAUUUUCAAGACCCUUGACAUUGAGAAAGAUGUCGUCGAUCAAGGAUAUGUUGAGCAUUCGUAUGAUUUAAUUAUUGCAUCUCUAGUGCUUCAUGCUACCAAAAGUCUAGAAGAGACACUGAAAAAUGUUCGGCGGUUGCUUAGACCCGGCGGCUACCUGCUGAUGUUGGAGAUUACGGACAAUGAACCUAUGCGAUUCGGCUUCAUAUUCGGUGGCUUGCCUGGUUGGUGUAAGUGCUAUGGAAGCCAUAAUUUCUUGAUUUCUUUCCCGAGACAUUGGAAUAUCUCCUCCUCUCAAAAACGAAAUACAUGAAAAGUGCUAACCUGCUUGUUAUAUAGGGUUAGGCAAGGAUGACGGAAGAACUUUGUCACCUUGCAUUGAACCUCCAAAAUGGGAAGCGCUAUUGAAGGAGAGCGGAUUCUCGGGAAUUGACUCCAUAAGUUCCCACAAGACGAGCGAGCCACUCCCUCUGUGCGUGAUACUCUCUCAGGCCAUGAACGAGCACGUCAAUCUCUUACGUGAUCCACUGGCAUCAACACAGAAACUCGUGCAUUUAUCCGAGCUCGCGAUAAUCGGUGGUAGUUCACCACGAACUUCCCGUUGCGUUUCUGGCUUGACCCAGCUUUUGACCCCGUACUGCGAUGAAACGAAACAUAUUCAAGCCAUUGUAGAUCUCAACACUACCAACUUGAAAUUUGGUGGUAGUGUGAUUUGUGUGCAGGAUCACGAUAAGUCGAUUUUCGAGAAUUUGAGCGAGAAGAAGUUGAAGGGAUUGCAAAAGCUUUUCGAGAAAUGCAAGAACGUUGUGUGGAUCACUCGUGGCUACAAAGACUGUGACCCAUAUGCCAAGAUGGUGACAGGCUUCGCUCGAUGUCUUCUUCAAGAAAUGCGACACGUCCGUCUUCAGUUCUUGGAUUUCAACGUCUCCGAGGAACCCAAUGUCAAAAUAAUAGCGGAGGCUGUUUUAAGAUUCGUGGCAGCCGAUAUGUGGGAGGAUGAAGGGAAUCUGAACGAGCUCUUCUGGUCUGUUGAACCAGAGAUUUCCUUCGAGCAUGACAUAGACUUCAUACCGCGUGUUCAACUCAGCAAAGCCGCCAACAAUCGUUACAAUUCAUCUCGACGACUCAUAACCGAAAAUGUUACUCCUGAGCAAUGCCCAGUGACAUUGUUUCAUUCCGGGGUUGGCUAUCGUUUGAAAGCUGUCAAUGGCCUUGUUCCAUUGGCAGUUCCGAUUUACCCAGGCAGGAUUCGUAUUCAAGUCACUUAUUCGCUUUUGAGAUCUGUGAGGAUUAACACUCUGGGGUACUUUUUCCUUAUCCUGGGUAGAGAUAUGACGACUGGUAAACAAGUCAUCGCUUUAUCAACAUCCCUAUCUUCGGAAGUUAACGUUCCUCAAAUCUGGACUCGACCUUGCUACUUCUCAACUAGUCGACGGGUUGAAAUGCUUCUCGAAAUAUUUUACACAUUCCUGUCCAAUACCUUCUUGAUGGGACUUUCUAUUGGAAGCGUUGUACUUUCUAUAGAUCCCACCGAACCUCUUACAGAUAUUCUGAAAACUACGGCCGCUAAGAGGGGCAUACAGCUCACAUUCAUAAUGUCAACAUCUGCCCCACAUCAGUCUGAUACAUGGAAGGUGGUUCAUCCACACGCUUCUAAACGAGAGUUUGACGCAGCCCUUCCGGCCAAUUUAUCACGCGCCUUAUCUUGGGAAGAGAACGACUCAUCCUCCAAGCUGCUACAACAUAUCCCUAAUCUUUGUCUCGUCGAGACAAGUAGUACCCUCACGCAACUGGACGCAUACAGCAAUGGGACGACAAGUGACUCUCAGAUAUCAGACAUACUUGAGGCAUCACUGAUGCAGGCUCUUUCCGGCUUCAUUGGGAUCAAUUCGGAUGAUAUGCCCGUUGCAUCAUUGGAAGAGAUCCUCCAAUCUUCAGUCAAGCAGACCCAUACCACCGUGGUGAACUGGCAAACGUCAUCUUCGCUGCCCAUGCAGCUUGAGCCUGUAGAUACAAGACCGCUGUUCGAGAACGACAAGACAUAUUGGCUUGUUGGAUUGACAGGUGGCCUUGGACUUUCCCUUUGCAAGUGGAUGGUGGAACAUGGCGCUCGAUACAUUGUUGUAUCUAGUCGUAAUCCUAAAGUGGACCCAGGAUGGAUAUCCGACUUUGAAGCCGCCGGUGCUACGAUUAAUCUAUAUGCAAAGUAAGAUACCAAAUUGCAUUUCCAUAGACUUCUGUACUGAUUCUUUAGUGAUGUCACCAAUCGAGACUCUGUCCGAUCAAUUUACGAUAUAAUCCAGAGAAGCCUUCCUCCAGUGGCUGGUGUUUGCCAAGGCGCUAUGGUUCUUCAUGAUACACUUUUCGCCGAUCUUACUAUGGAACGGAUGGAGAAGGUUUUGAAACCAAAAAUCGAUGGGGCCAAAUACCUGGAUGAAAUAUUUCAGCAGGAACCCUUGGACUUUUUCAUCUUCCUUUCAUCCAUGGCUUCUGUCACCGGAAAUCCGGGCCAGGCAGCUUAUGCUGCUGCUAAUAUGUUCCUAGCAGGUAUGCAAGUUAUAUAAACUCCUCUUGCCCCAUGAGUGUCUCAGAAGGCUGUGAAUAUUUGAAAUUGCGACUUUGGUCAAAGUUCAUAGAACGCGGCGAUCAUUUUUAUGUAUAUCUGAUACUGACGUUGUGCAGGUCUUGCGGCUCAGAGAAGGCAACGUGGGCUUGCUGGCUCUACUGUCCACAUUGGUGCAAUUAUCGGCAACGGCUAUGUUACCCGAGAACUCACCUUGGGACAGCAAGAAGCUUUGCAGAAAGUUGGCAACAUUUGGAUGUCUGAACAAGAUUUCUUCCAGAUUUUUGCUGAAGCAGUGGUAGCUAGUCCACCAGGACCAGUGUUCAAUCCGGAGUAUUGCACGGGACUGAGAGUGUUUUAUGCAGACGAGGAAGAUAAACCAGACUUCAGUCAAAAUCCAGUCUUCUCCCACUUGAUGAUGCACAGAAAUGCCGCUGGUUCUGUUUAUAAUGGCAACGUCGCAGCUGUCUCUGUCAAGUCCCAGAUUUUGAAAGCAACUACCUCGGAUGAGGUGUACGAGAUUAUAAAGGGUAAGCAGUUUUUCUUUCCCCGAAAAUCCCGCAGAAUUAAUUCUUUCUAGUCGCCUUAGCCUUAAAAUUACAGCUUGCGCUUCAAGCACCUCGGGAAUUGGAUGUCAUGAGCCAAAACGCGGACUCCCUCGGUGUCGAUUCUCUGGUUGCUGUUGAGUUAAGAUCGUGGUUUUUGAAGGAACUCAACGUCGAUAUGCCGGUACUCAAAAUCAUCAGUGGCGCGACGAUGGCAGAACUACUGGAACGUGCACAAGAGUUACUCCCUCCAGCAUUGACUCCUAGUUUGGGAUUGGAGAAACCACCGGGUACUAUAGAAAAUAACCCGACAGCAGCUGCACAGAAGACUGCUACCCAGACAUCAGUGAAUGAGAAGAAAUCGGUAACUAAAACCUUUUCGCCUAGUUCAAAAACAGCUCCAUUUUCGAGGGUCAAUCCAUCGAGGAUCGCACCGCCCAACCCAGCUCUUACUGAGAAGGUAAUCAGUCGGCAACCCUCCGAGGCAUCUCCAGCAUCAGCCUCGAUCAAUAGUGAUAAAGAAAAGAAAACGGGAAAAGCUAUUCCUGAAUCUCAAACGGCUGUUAUGGCUAACAGUCCGGGCGCUUCUAUAUAUAAGCCGGAGCAGCCUUCUUUCGUGUCGCCCACCUCAGAAUCUCCUCAAUCGUUCGCGGCCACAAUUCCAGACUUCGAAUCUCUUUCCACGUCCAACCGCAGAUCAUCAGGAUCAUCACAAUCUUCUUUCGAGAAAAUUCCCAAACCAUCAGGUGCUGAAAGUGGAGUUCAGAAUAUUCUCCACAUGUCAUUUAGUCAAACAAGAUUUUGGUUUCUGAGGUCCUAUCUAGAAGAUAAAACAACCUUCAAUGUCACCACCUCCAUCCAUCUUCGUGGAAACCUUCACUUAGAUAAUCUAUCACAAGCGGUUUCAACCAUUGGGCAACGACAUGAAUCGCUUCGAACCCGUUUCUUCACAAAUGAGAACCACCAGCCAAUGCAGGCUGUCCUCGAAUCUUCUUUGCUUCGUUUAGAGAGGAAACAAAUUUCUAACAACAAUGAAGUAGCUGAGGAAUACGUUCGGAUGAAGAAUCAUAUUUUCGAUCUCGAAAACGGUGAAACACUAAGGAUCAUUCUUCUCUCAGUAUCCCCAGUCUCACACUACUUGAUACUAGGUUAUCACCACAUCAACAUGGAUGGCGUAAGUUUCGAGAUAUUUUUCUCAGACUUACAAAAAGCAUACGAUUCCAGCUCAAGCCUCCAUAACAACGUCCUACAGUACCCUGACUUCUCGUCGCGUCAGAGAAAAGAGUACCUCGAGGGGAAGUGGUCACGUGAAUUGGCUUUCUGGCGUGGUCAAUUUCCUAAUAUCCCCUUGCCGAUGCCGUUGUUACCGUUAUCAACUUCAACGUCUCGAUUAACUCUCACAAAAUAUGGAUCUCACAUAGCCUCCCAUCGCGUCAUACCAGAGCUAUCUGCCCAGAUUAGCGACACUUGCAAGAAGUUGAAGGUUUCGCCAUUCCAAUUCUAUCUCACUGUCUAUCGUGUUAUGAUUACCCGGUUCGUGGAAAUUGAGAGUUUUUGCGUUGGUGUCGCCGACGCGAACAGAAACGAAAGUGACGUUGAACAAAGUCUUGGGUGCUAUUUAAACCUUCUUCCUAUUUGCUUUGACACUCACGCGACAAACAAUUUCAGCGAGGCUGUCAAAGAAACAAAGGCAAAGACUCAGGAAGCAUUUGCUAACUCAAAAGUCCCAUUCGAUGUUCUGCUCAACGAGCUUAAUGUCCCAAGAUCAUCAACUCAAAGCCCACUGUUCCAAGUCUUUCUCAACUAUCGCCAAGGGGUAGCAGAAAAUAGAUCUUUCUGCGGUUGCGAGUGUGAAUGGACAGACUUCGAUGGUGGGCAGACUGCAUACGACAUCAGUCUGGAUGUUGUCGACAAUACUGGAGGCGAUGCACUUCUUAGAAUGUCUGUUCAGAAGUCCCUAUACACGGCUCAAGGUGGUGAGGUGUUGAUGAAGAGUUUUGUAAAUUUACUAGACUCGUUUUCUCGAAACCCUGCGACCCGCCUUAGCAAACCUUCGUUGUAUAGGAAGGAUGACGUUGAAAAUGGUCUCUCGCUUGGUCGUGGUGAGUAAUUUGUUGUCUAUCUCUGAUAUAUUCCAUGUGCUCACAUACCUUUAGGCUUUAUCUCACUACCAAAAUGGCAUGGAACCCUCAUUAAUCGGGUUGAUGACAUGGUCCAAGCCAACGGUCAAGCCCUUGCCCUUAAAGACGGACUUGGUAAUUCUCUUACCUACAAUACAAUGUUUGCCAGAGUGAACGCGAUAGCAAUUGCUCUAUCCAAUCUUGGUAUAGGAAGAGAAUCAAAAGUAGGGGUAUUUCAAGAGCCAUCUACAGAUUGGAUCUGCUCCAUCCUGGCUGCUUUACGACUUGGCGCCAUCUAUAUUCCAUUGGACAGUAGGAUAACCAUUAUGCGUCUUGCUAUAAUUGUCAAGGAUUGCCAGCCGAAUGUCAUCAUCGUUGACGAUGUAACCGAGAAAGAUUGUCCACUCCUCGAAUUGCAAGCCAAGAAGAUCAAUGUUUCAAGGCUGCCUAAUAACGCGCAAGCUAGAGUCGUCGCCAAUUCUUCAACAAAGGAUGCUACCAUGACAAUCCUUUACACCAGUGGAAGUACGGGAGUGCCGAAGGGAAUUGUGAUGAAGCAUGUCAUCUUCCGCAAUCACAUUGAAACUGUAACCGAUGCUUGGUUAUCCAAGUUGGACACGGUCAUAGGACUGCAGCAGUCCUCAUUAAGCUUCGACAUGUCCUUGGUUCAAAUUUUCUGGCCCCUAUGCUCCGGUGGGAGCCUCUACGUCGUUCCUCAAUCUCAUCGUGGAGACUCAGUUGCAAUUGCGAAUAUCAUAUCAUCGGAGAAAGUCUCAUUGACAGCAGCUACCCCUUCCGAAUACAUUAGCUGGAUUCAAUUUGGAGACACCGCUGCUCUUCAAAAUUCAUCUUGGAAACUUGGAAUCUCUGGUGGCGAGAAAGUCACUCCCAAUUUAGUCAAAUCCUUUAAAAAGAUGAGUAAGGCGAACUUGCGAUUGAUGAAUUGUUACGGUCCCACUGAAAUCACAUUCUUUUCGCAUUACUCAGAGCUGUCUUGUGACCAAGACAGUACCUCGGAUCCAAAUAGCUCAACUCUGAAGCCAUGGACAAACUUCUCAACCUACAUCGUCGACUCUCAUCUCCAGCCAGUACCUAUAGGCGUCCCCGGGGAGGUGGUUAUUGGUGGAAUGGGUGUUGCAUCUGGGUAUUUCAACAUGACAAGACUGACAAAUGAACGAUUUCUACAAGAUAACCUCGCAUCAAAGGACUUCCGUGCGCAGGGUUGGAGUACAAUGCAUCUCACCGGAGACCGAGGUCGACUCCAAUCCGAUGGCACUUUGAUUCUAGAAGGUCGAAUUAUUGGUGAUACCCAGAUUAAGCUUCGCGGACUUCGAAUCGACUUGCAGGAUGUUGAAAGUACCAUUAUCCAGUCAUCACAAGACCGGAUUCUUCACGCAAUCGUCUCCGUCAGACAAGCAGGUCCAUCUGAGCCCGAAUUUCUUAUUGCUCACGUCGAGCUCUCCAGUAGUACUGUCCAAGAGAACAUGAAUGCUUUCCUCAAGAAGCUCUUGCUUGACCUUCCACUUCCACAAUAUAUGCACCCCGUGUUCCUCAUUCCAGUAUCCAGUCUCCCCAGAACCAAUUCUGGCAAGAUUGAUCGGCUAGAAGUCAACGCAUUACCACUGCCACAAAAGGAACAGCCCAAAGGCUCCCCACAACCACUCAGUCAGACAGAAUCUGACCUCUUAAACCUUUGGGUACAGGUCUUGACAAAAGAAGUACUGGAUAAUUUCACGGUGGAUUCGGAAUCAGAUUUUUUCCAAGUCGGUGGAAGCUCAUUACUCCUCGUCAGCCUUCAGUCCCUCAUCAAAAAGUCAUUUUCCGUUGAACUUCCGUUGCCUCAACUGUUUGAUUCCAGCACUUUUGGAAAGAUGGCAACUACGAUCUAUAAACAGCAAAGUCCUAAUCAAAUCUCGGAAGCACCGCCAGCUGUUGAGGUACCAGAAACUCUCGAGGCAGACUCUUCUCGCGUGCCUGCCCCUACGACAGCCGCACUCAUUGACUGGGAGUCUGAAGUAUCCAUCCCAUCGUCACUGACAACUUCCACUGUCCUUGGGGUCAAUGAGCCUCGGAUUAUAAUCUUAACUGGCUCGACGGGGUUUCUUGGCAAGGCGAUUCUCCAAAGGCUGAUAUCAGAACCAUCGAUCGAGAAGAUAUAUUGCGUCGCGGUCCGUGCCAACUCUUCGCGGUCGGAUCCUGCCUUCUCGUCCCCCAAAGUCCUCGUCUACACCGGGGAUCAAUCAUUACCAUUGCUUGGUCUUUCAUCGUCCGAUAGUAACUCUAUUUUGUCGGAAGCCGACGCGAUCAUACAUAAUGGUGCUGAUGUCUCAUUCCUGAAGACCUAUUCCUCACUUCGAAAACCGAAUGUUCAAUCCACAAAACAGCUCGCAAACUGGGCUGUGAAGUUCGGUCUUCAAUUUCACUACAUAUCUACCGCAUCUGUCACCUAUCUGUCUGGGCAGGAAGAAUAUCCCUCAAUUAGUGCUCGGAACUUCCGACCUCCACCUGAUGGCUCAAAUGGUUACAUUGCGUCAAAAUGGGCUUCUGAGGUCUAUCUUGAGGAAAUGAAUAUACAGUUCGGUAUGCCACUCGUGGUCCACCGGCCCUCUAGCAUUACUGGUCCGGGGGCUUCGGAAACAGACGUUAUGUCUUCCCUUCUUAAAUAUUCAAAGAUCCUACAUGCGAUUCCGAAAUUCGAGUAUAUCAAAGGGUAUUUUGACUUCAUUUCGAUCGAGAAGGCUUCUCGGGAAAUUGUCGACUUAGUGCUAUGCGGUGUCGAGGAUUUAGAUACGAGGUAUGUAUUUGAGAGUGGAGAGAUUGAGAUAGAAAGUGGAAGUAUGAAGGAAGCUCUGGAAAUUCAGACUGGGGGAAGUAUUGCAGAACUGAAGAUGUCCGAAUGGGUCAAGCGUUCGGAACUAUUGGGGAUUAAUUCGAUGGUGGCUGCUUUUCUGAAUGAAUCUACAAGCCAGCCCUUGUUGAUGACCAGGCUGAUCAAAGAUGAAGAGUCUAGUUGGAUGAAUAUUUGAGAAUGGGGGUGUAUCUUAUAAGACUGCAAAUUCCAAAAAAGAUGUGUGUUCUUUCAAAGACAUUUAUUCUUUAG